UCACUAUACUACUAUACUCUUCUUCUCAACUAUACACUAACCAAGACCUCACCUUGACCUUCCCUCCUUCUUUCUCCUCACAACCUCGCUCAUGGCCACCGCCGAACCUACCCCGAACGGCACCCCCGCCACCGCCACCGCCUCGAAUCCACUUCCAUCUGACAAUUCCUCCGACGUCCAACCACCCACCGCCGACGCUGCCGCAGCCACCGCCCCAUCCACUCAAGAGCCCGAGACAGAAGCUGAAGACGCCCCUGACACCACCGCGGACACUACUCCACCGGAAAAGAAAUGGCCAGGCUGGCCAGGGGACUGCGUUUACCGUCUUGUCGUCCCUGUGGGCAAGGUGGGCAGCAUCAUCGGCCGCAAGGGAGAGCUCAUCAAGAAGAUCUGCGAAGAGACUCGAGCUCGCGUUCGCGUCCUCGAGGCUUCCGUUGGCACGCCUGAUCGAAUCGUACUCAUAUCAGGGAAGGAAGAGCUAGAUGCAGCUCUUUCGCCUGCAAUGGAUGCGGUUAUAAGGGUAUUCAAGCGCGUCUCUGGGCUAUCGGAAGCUGAUGGUGAGAUUAAAGGGUCUGCUGCUGCUGCUACAUUCUGUUCUAUCCGUUUAUUGACGGCGGCAACACAGGCUAUCAAUUUGAUAGGAAAGCAAGGUUCAACAAUUAGAGCCAUACAUGAGAAUACCGGCGCUUCUAUUAAAGUACUGUCAGGAGAUGAGGUGCAAUCUUUUGCUACUGCGGAUGAGAGGAUCAUAGAAUUGCAGGGAGAAGCCUUGAAGGUCCUUAAUGCGCUGGAAGCUGUGGUUGGCCAUCUGAGGAAAUUUUUGGUUGACCACAGUGUUCUUCCCUUAUUUGAGAAAACUUACAAUACGCCCAUCGCACAAGACCGUCAAGCAGAGACCUGGUCUAACAAGUCAUCGCUGCACACUACUUCACACAAUAGCAUAUUUUCUGAUAUGCCGCCUUCAGCAAAAAGGGAUUCUGUCUUUGUGGACCGUGAAAGUCAAUUGGACUCUUUACUUCCUUCCUCCACUAUGUCUCUCUAUGGCCAAGAUGCUUCACAUUCUAAUAUUCGUUCUUCAGCUCUUAGUCGUGUUGGUGCUCCCAUUGUUACUACGGUAAUACAAACAAUGCAAAUUCCACUAUCCUAUGCAGAGGAUAUCAUUGGUAUUCAAGGGAAAAAUAUUGAUUACAUUCGCCGCGCUAGUGGAGCCAUAUUGAUUGUGCAGGAGAGCAGGGUGCCUGAUGAAAUCAUUGUGGAAAUAAAAGGCACCUCGUCUCAGGUUCAACUGGCACAAGAACUGAUUCAGGAUAUUAUAAACAGUCACAGAGAACCUGUUGCUAGCAGUUAUGGCAGGUUAGAUGCAGAUCUGAGGUCUUCAUAUUCUCAGAUGAGCACUGCGCCCCGCUUCUCAUCUUCGAUGUCCUCACAACCAUACAACACAGGUUAUGGAGCAUCCGGUUUAGGGGACUACAGUACUUUCAGACUUUAAAUCGCUCUCUGUUCAAGGGCACUCCAUUUGGCGGACUAGUUUCUAAUUGGGUCUAAUUGGAGAGAGUUAACGGUUGAAUGGACUAUGAAGCCUUUCAAAAUCCAGUUUAGAUUUUGUGUUAUCUGAUAUCAUCUAUUAUCAUGGGUAGUUUUUGAGGUGGCUACUCGUUGAGAGUUGCCAAAAAUGUAAUGAAAUAUUAGGCAUUUUAAUGAUGUUAGUUUUCUUGUGUAAAUGCGCCUGUGAACUGCUUGGUGGUUGUUAUUUUCGGUUUGCCAUACCAAAUAUUGAUACUUACAACGAACUUCAUUGUUUGUAUUUGGUCUCUGCAGUGUUAUUGAACUAGCAGUGGACACACAGGUGUAACUAGAUCUUCUAAAGCAACUUGUGGAACAAUAAAAAGAUCUUCUAACA